AAAGGGGUGGGGCGGAAUGGAGUGGGGCAGAAAGGGGUGGGGCGGAAUGGGGUGGGGCGGGGCGGAAUGGGGUGAGGCGGAUUGGGGAGAUGAGGGAUGGGGAGAUGAGGGAUGAGGAGAUGAGGGAUGGGGAGGUGUGGGAUGGGGAGGAGAGGGCUGGGGAGGAGAGGGAUGGGGAGGUGAGGGAUGAGGAGGUGAGGGAUGGGGAGAUGAGGGAAGGGGAGAUGAGGAAUCGGGAGAUGAGGAAUGGGGAGAUGAGGGAAGGGGUAAUGAAUGAACGUGUAUGCGACGGAAGGGUGCUGCUGACCACGCACCCUCCCACACCCCACGCGAUGGGAAGGGAUGAGAGGGUGGGCGGCAUGGGUAGAGAAGCGAUGGUGAAUAGGGGGAACGUGAUGGGCAGGGGAGUGAUGACGACGUGGAGAGAGGAGGAGAGAAGGGAGGUCGGCGGGAAGGCUAAGCGAGGACGAUGGGAGGGCAAGCGUGGGCGACAGUGGCGGUGGGCGACGGUGGCGGUGGGCGACGGUGGCGGUGGGCGACGGUGGGGAGAAGCGUGGGCGACGGUGGGGGGAAGCGUGGGCGACAAUGGGGGGAAGCGUGGGCGACGGUGGGGGGAAGCGUGGGCGACGGUGGGGGGAAGCGUGGGUGACGGUGGGGGGAAGCGUGGGCGACGGUGGGGGGAAGCGGGGGCGACGGUGGGGGGAAGCGUGGGCGACGGUGGAGGGAAGCGUGGGCGACAGUGGGGGGAAGCGUGGGUGACGGUGGGGGGAAGCGUGGGCGACGGUGGGGGGAAGCGUGGGCGACGGUGGGGAAAGCGUGGGUGA